AUGGCUGAACAGAAUAUUACCGAUGACGCAACGAGACAGCCCGGCUCAAGCUCCCAGGUGAUCAAUGAUAUUGUAUCGGGAUCCAAUUUCGAUCAUGAAGAAGUUGACAGGCUCUGGAAACGUUUCAUGAAAUUGGAUAGGGAUCAAUCCGGUACCAUUGAGCGCGAUGAAUUCCUAUCCCUCCCUCAAGUUUCCUCGAAUCCGCUUUCAACCCGAAUGAUAGCCAUCUUUGACGAAGACGGUGGUGGUGAUGUGGAUUUUCAAGAAUUCGUUUCUGGCCUCUCGGCAUUUAGCUCGAAAGGGAACAAGGAGGAAAAACUCCGUUUCGCGUUCAAAGUAUACGAUAUCGAUCGUGAUGGUUUUAUUUCCAACGGAGAAUUAUUCAUUGUAUUGAAGAUGAUGGUGGGGAGCAAUUUGAAGGAUAUGCAGUUACAACAGAUCGUCGACAAGACCAUUCUGGAAGCGGAUAUGGACGGAGAUGGGAAGAUAAGUUUUGAGGAGUUUACACGAAUGGUUGAAAAUACUGAUGUCAGCAUGAGUAUGACCUUGGAUCAAUUCUGA